UGCGACCCAUAGAUUCUUCUUCUUUCGCUUCCAGGCUCGUGCAAUCUGCGAACUGCCGAGUACCGACAGGCAAAAAACAGGGGUGACGAAGCCUUAGUUUCCUUGGAAAAUUUCUCUAACUUUUCUUUGUCCGAUGUGCACGCAUGACAGAAAGGCUCGAGCUUUAGUCAGACCAUCCGAUGUCGAUGUCAUUUUCACUCCACCCAGAAUCUUCGCUCGCGGGACCGAUCGUUUCGCGCCCGACCGUUCCAAAAAAUUUGCUUGCAUGCAGUUUUCAUCAGCAUCGUAUUGUGUCUGGAGGUGCUACGAGUCUCUGCAGAAGAUUUUGUGGUCUGAAACUGUGGAUACUCCAGAGGUUAAACCUUCAGCCAGGACCUGCAAAACUUGGUAGAUCUAACAAAUUUGGAGGUAUAAAAAAUCAAAAGAAAGAUCGAGGUGCAGAUCCUUCUCAAUCAGCCUUGACACCUGAAGAAGCAUCAACGUUAAAAUUGCAUUAUGCUCAGGACAGCUUACAGUCCAAGAGAACUUCUUUACAAUAUGUUCAGUCUCCUCCUGACAAGAGCGUGGUCGCUUUGGCAAAAUCCAUUUUAUCUUUGCGACAAGCGCCUUCCUGCAGUUUCUCUGUAAAGGGCGAUGGAGAAUCAUCCCUCUGCAUUGCAGUUAUAGGAGCUACGGGCGAGUUGGCAAAGAGAAAGAUCUUCCCAGCUCUGUUCGCUCUAUACUAUAGUGGCUUCCUUCCUGAGAACAUCUAUAUUAUUGGUUACUCGAGAAAGAAUUUGACAGAUGAAGAUCUGAGAUCGAUGAUAUCUUCAACUUUGACUUGCCGAAUUGAUCAUCAGCAAAAUUGUGCGGAGAAGAUGGAAAGUUUCCUUAGUAAAACAUUUUACCUCUAUGGGGGAUACGACAACAACGAAGGGAUGUCAAAACUUGAUGCCAGGAUGGAGCUGCUUGAGGGGAACUCUGAAGCAAACAGGAUAUUUUAUCUAUCUGUACCACAAGAAGCACUUGUAGAUGUCACGUCAACCCUCGCAAACUACGCCCAAACCCAGAAAGGCUGGAAUCGCGUAAUAAUUGAAAAACCAUUUGGUUUUGAUGCACCAUCUUCGAAUCAGCUGUCACAGUUACUUCUUUCAAAGUUUGAGGAGAAUCAAAUAUACAGGAUCGAUCAUCUCUUAGGAAGGAACUUAAUUGAGAAUCUUACAGUUUUAAGGUUCUCCAAUCUUGUUUUUGAGCCGCUCUGGAGCCGAAAAUACAUACGUCAUGUACAGGUCAUCUUAUCUGAAGAUUCAGUUGUGACAGCAGGAAAGUACUUUGAGGGUUAUGGGAUCAUCCGCGACAUUGUACACAGUCAUGUCCUUCAGACGAUAGCAUUGUUUGCCAUGGAACCCCCAGUAAGUCUUGAUGGUGAGGAUAUACGAAAUGAAAAGGUCAAGGUUCUGCGAUCGAUACGGAGCUUAGAGCCUAAUGAUGUGAUUCUUGGUCAAUAUAAAGCUACUUCUGGGAACAAUGUUGAUCUAUAUCUGAAUGAUUUGACUCCGACGUUCUUUGCUGCCGCACUUUUUAUUGAUAAUUCAAGAUGGGAUGGUGUGCCCUUCAUGGUUAGGACUGGCAUGGGAAUGAUCAAGCACAGGGUGGAGAUACGCGUACAAUUCAAUCAUGUUCCUGGAAACAUCUAUCGGGAAUGUCUGGGGCAUAAUGUAGACCUCGCCACUAAUGAGCUGAUUCUACGCGACUUACCUGACGAAGCCAUCCUACUUAAAGUGAACAAUAAGAUGCCUGGGCUGGGCUUGCACUUAGAUGCAUCUGAACUCAACUUAUUAUACAAGGACAAGUAUAACGUGGAGGUGCCUGAUUCAUACGAGCAUCUUCUCCUCGACGUCAUAGAUGGAGACAGCCAUCUGUUCAUGCGGAGCGACGAGCUUGCGGCCACGUGGAAUAUACUAAAUCCAGUCCUACAAGAGAUAGACAAGAGGAAUAUUGCGCCGGAGAUCUACGAAUUGGGCGGCCGAGGUCCUACUGGAGCUUACUAUCUUUGGGCCAAACACGGGGUUGGGUGGGCCGACAACUAGCGAGCGCAUCCAUCCCAUAAGUGCACCACAGAAGAAAAGUUGAAAACAAAAAGAAAAGAUUCUCUCCUGUUGAUGUAUGUGAGCAGUAACUGUAAUUGUGUGAACAGUGGGAUGAAGAACAUGGCAAAUAAAUUGGAAUUGUGGAUGAGUUUAGCAAAAUCUUCAACCAUUUGAAAAUUCUUUUGAA